CCUCGACAGUAUGAAAUAUGUCUUUACACUGUAAGUGGACACGGUUUGUCUAAGAGUAAUACGUUGCCGAAGUAGAUAUAAAAAGGAGUAGGAAAUCAACUUGUAAAAAGCCUCCUGGGAAAUAUAUUCCUCAAGCAGUCAACUUUCAAAGCGAAUAGGGUUCCAAUAACAUCCAGCCGCUGCUAUCAAGUAUAGAAAACGGAUAUAACCUGCAAAUUAGGUCUCGAUCCUCGAUUUACAAUGCAAUCAUUACCGACAUUAACUAUGGCAACAAGCGAUGUACCAAGCAAUGACCCAGGGAAGGAACGAAAAUCCAAUACUACCGAGUGUCUUAAAAAUGACAUGCUCACAAUCAACGUCACAAGCGACAAGCCUACUGUCACAACCUCUCCAGCUCACGCCGACACGGGGGCCGCAAAAGGCCCGUCAGCUACGAGUAUUGCCCUAACUAUGGCAUCUCUCUGUCUAUCUGCCUUCCUCUCAUCGCUAGAUCUCACGAUCGUGACGACAGCCGUGCCUUCCAUCGUCGCUUCAUUUCAUUCUACUUCGGGAUACAUCUGGAUAGGCUCUGCGUUCAUACUCGGGUUCACAGCUGUAACGCCUAUUUGGGGCUCGGUGGCAGACAUCUGGGGAAGAAAGCCCAUCAUCUUAUCGGCAUUGGCUACCUUUCUCGUUGGCAGCCUUCUCUGUGCCCUCUCGCCUAACAUCAGCACUCUCAUAGGUGCUCGCGUCGUCCAGGGUAUCGGUGCCUCUGGCAUGAGCGUAAUGGUCAACACCAUCAUAUGCGAUAUGUUCUCUCUGCGCGAACGCGGGCUGUAUCUUGCUAUUACAUCCAUCGUCUGGGCAAUAGGUAGCGCAGUUGGCCCAGUUCUUGGCGGUGUGUUCACUGCACGCUUAAGUUGGAGAUGGUGCUUCUGGAUCAACUUACCUAUCGGGGGUGUUGUUUUUAUCGGCCUUCUUCUUUUUCUCAAAUUACCAUCCCCGAGCACCCCCAUCUGGGCUGGCAUUAAGGCUAUCGAUUGGACCGGUAGCUUAUUGUGCCUAGGCGGAACGGUGAUGGUACUGCUGGGCUUAGACUUUGGUGAUACAGUUCACCCCUGGUCCUCCGCGGCAGUCAUCAACCUCAUCGUGUUUGGUGCGGUGACGAUAGGUAUCUUCGUUGUGAACGAGUGGAAGUUUGCCCAUAACCCCAUAGUCCCACUCCAUUUGCUUUCUACUUGGUCCAAGGCUGCUGCUUACGGCGUAUUCGCUUUCAACGCGUACGUCUUUAUAGGGAUCACGUACUAUCUGCCACUGUACUCCCAAUCGGUGUUGGGAGCUAGUGCAUUGACGUCGGGCUUAUACAUGUUGCCGUUGAUAGUGUCCUGUUCGCUAUCAGCAGCAGUCGCCGGAGUCUUCAUACAGCAGACGGGGAAGUACCGGCCACUCAUGUAUACAGCUCAAGUUCUGCUGACUCUUGGUGUUGGUUUAUUCAUUUACCUCAAAAUGGAGGAAAAUCUAGCACAGCUUAUUGUUUUCCAGAUUAUCACUGGCGUUGGCGUGGGUCUUAACAUCGAGGCACCUAUCAUCGCAGCCCAGGCUUCUACCACGGUCCACGAUACAGCUGCCGUCAUAGCUACGAUGGGUUUUCUGCGUUCCAUUGCCACAGCGAUUUCGGUAGUGGUCGGCGGCGUCAUUUUCCAGAACGAAAUGAGUAGCAUGAACCCUACACUUGAGGAGCAGCUCGGAAGUCAAAUAGCCAGUUUAUUCGACGGUGGCAAUGCGACAGCAAAUGUCGAGAGGAUUUCGAGCCUUACAAGCGAUCAACAGGUCACGGUCAGACAAGCUUACUAUCAAUCUGUUCAGGUUGUCUGGAUAUCUUACGUUGCAUUCGCGGGGUUCUCAUCCUUUCUUAACCUCUUUGUGAGACAGCAUCACCUUACAAGUGAGAAGAAAGAUACCGUUCUCGGGAUCGGCCGUAUCAGAGAGGACCCUCUUACGUCUUCCUGAUAUCACAUUAUUGGUGCCUCGGGAUCUUGAUUGGGAUAGAAGGCGGUGUUAUACCACUUCAUGUCUGAUAGUCAUUUCUGGGUUCGUUCUGUAUAUCUUUACCGCCAGAGACUGGAAUACGCUUGAAAGGUCGCGAUGCAGAGCUGGUGAGAGGUUUUUACGCACAGGUGUGAUGAAAAUGCGUCUAUGGAGAUACGAGGAGGCGUAGUUUGUCAUUGUACCUUUCGGUCGUCACUUUAGUUAUCUAACUACAUGUAGAAAUUCAAUGCUUUGAAAGCCGAUCAAAUUUUGGGAAGCCUCUUAGAGGUAUGGGCUUAUAACGGCAUAUAUGUAUCUACUCUAGUGAGACUUGGUGCAUGCAAUCAGCAACAUAUUCGACG